UACUGACACAAUACAUAUUCAACUGGCUUAUCUUAAAAACUAUACAGAUGAGGUACGUGAAGUCUUUAAGCUUAUUCCAAGACUUGCUUAAGACUGAUGGACUUGAACGUGGGCGCUUGCUCGGUUUAGACGUUGGUACUCCGUACAUUGGUUUGGCUGUUUUUGGUCUAAACAACAAUAUAGCUUCACCUUUGAGUGUUCUUGUAAGGAAAAAGUACAAUAUUGAGUUAAUAGCUGAUAAUUUUAAGUGUCUGAUAUCUGAACUUUCUUUGGAAGGAUUUGUUGUGGGCUUAACUUUUGACCGACAAAAGAGUACUACUGAUUCUGUGCUUGUGAAGCUCUUCUUGGAUGAACUAAGCAAUACAAACAAACUUACCGGUAUCAAAUACACAUACUGGGAUGAGCGCUUUACCUCAAGGAAUGUGGAAAUGCUGAUAAAGCCUUUGAAUUUACAUCCGGUUCAUUCGAAGACAAUCGUCGAUAAGUUUGCUGCGGUUGGCAUUCUACAGGAAUACCUGGAUUAUGUGAACAAGAAACAGAAGAAAUGAAAGUGUCUUUAUGUUUUUGGUCUUAAGCUUUUGAGGUUCCCAAAAAUUAGAGAAUGGUUGACUGUAGAUUACUUGUGUGAUCACCUUCAUAAUUAGAUUAGAUAAGACUAAUGAAUGUGUAAAGCUUAGAACUUUCUUCUUCAUAUGAAAUGAAAUUUAUUGUUUUCUUUAA